CGUUUUACUUCAUGCAUACGAAUAUGAAGUAUUAUUUGCUUGAAUUUAACUGUUUGAUGAAGGCCCUUUUAAUCCAGUAAUACGGAAUAUAUAAAUGUAAUGUGCUUGUAAUGUUUAGCUAGCACUAAGCAUUUGAACUGAGGAACUGCUGUAAACGACGUUUAUUAAUAGAAAUUCUUAAAACGCAACAGACUUGCACAUCUUAACAUAAUGUGAUAUUUUUGUCGUUAAUGUUUUCUCAGUACAUGCACCAUAUAAAGGGCUUGUUUUUCUACUUCGAUAGCUAGCAGCUCAUUAGAGUUAGCAUGCUAAUGUGAACGCUUACCUCGUCAGUCACCUUAUAAACAACAGAAAUUUGUUGUCAGGGAUGUUGUCCAUAACCUGACCUCAAGCUUCCUAGAAAGAAGAGUGGAUUUGGGUUCUUCAGUGUUUAAUUCAGGCUCAGAUAGUUUGCUGAAGUGAGAUCGCAGCCCAUCUCCUCAGCAUGGAGAUAGCUGUAGCUAAAAUCCUCUGCCUGCUGGGGCUGUUUGUCCUCAUGUUGGGGGGCAUCCUUAUUCCUGUGAGAGUGAUGCAGAUGGACAAUGAUAAAGUCACAAGGUACAGAAGAGUAGUUGCUUUAAGCAACUCUUUUGGAGGAGGUGUAUUUCUGGCCACCUGCUUCAAUGCCCUUCUACCAGCAGUUAGAGAAAAGGUUGAGGACAUUUUGAAAGAGGUAAAGAUCACCAAUCAGUACCCACUGGCAGAGACCAUGAUGAUGCUUGGAUUUCUCCUCACCGUAUUUGUGGAACAGGCUGUGCUUACUUUUCGCAAGGAGAAGCCCUCGUUUAUUGACCUAGAGACAUUUAAUGCUGGUGGCUCGGAAGUGGGGAGCGACUCAGAGUAUGAUGCUCCAUUCAUUGCUCCCGCUCGGGGUGCGGCCAGAGCCCAGCAGCACCAUUCUUAUCACCACGGACACUUCAACCCUUCUGAGCUGAAGCGUGCUGGGCUGUUGAGAUUAACUAGCCUGGUGCUAGCCCUUUCUGCUCACUCUAUCUUUGAGGGUCUUGCUUUGGGUCUUCAGAACGAUGGGGCUAAGCUUGGAAGUCUCUUCAUUGGAGUGGCCAUCCACGAGACGCUAGCAUCUGUGGCACUGGGGGUUAACGUAGCCAAGGCAGGAGUCCCCUUACGAGAUGCCAGUAAACUGGGCUUAACAGUAAGCCUAAUGAUUCCUCUGGGGAUCGGUAUUGGCAUGGGUAUUGAGACGGUCCAGCACUGGACAGAAAGUAUUAUAUCUGUAGUGCUCCAGGGCCUGGCAGCCGGCACAUUUCUCUUCAUUACGUUCUUUGAGAUCCUCUCACAAGAGCUGGCGGAUAAACACGACAGACUACUGAAAGUGCUGUUUCUUGCACUGGGCUAUGGUGUACUAGCAGGGCUCGUCUUUAUCAAAUGGUAAAGGAGUUCAAAAGUGUACAAUUUUCCAAAAUUGUGAACUGCUCUUCUAGAGCACAGUUAAACAUCAUAAGUUUCCGUAAUCUAUUGCAUAAAAAACAAUCGAUAUUCUAUAGAGCAGAGGUUUUCAACAUUUUUGAUGUUAACGACACCAAAAUAAUAAUGAUUCCAUUGUGAGGGACCCCCUUCCUAAGAUAUAAAGGCACCUAUAAUAGUUGCUAUAUUUACUGUGUGAGAAAAUAUUAAGUUAAUGUUAUUUUCAAAAAUUAAAUAAUUGGCUUUAAUAUUGUCAUUUUACUAAGGACAAAAUAAAUUAUUGAAAUAUCUUGAGAAUAUUUAAUUUGCAUCUAAUUUGUAUUUGUAAGAUGACAGCAUGUUUAUUUCUUGGUGUUCAAAACAGCUGCCAUUAGAACAAAAUAAUUGUUUAAUCCCUUACAUUCCAUUUACAGCAAAAGUAAAUCCUAAUAUUUGGUAAAUAUUUAUACAUCAGAUCAGAUCUGAUUGAAGUAGUUUUUUUGUUUUGCCUAAUAAGAGUCAUGCUAAGCUUCAAAAGUAAAUGCAGAGAAUUGUUGAAUUUAUGAUUUCUGUUCAUAAGCUUAUGUGGUGCAUUAUUAAAAUGGUAUUGGGUAUUGACAUCAACUUUCAAAGCAUUAAAAAAAUGUUUGUGUUUUUUUUCACAUUUUUUUGAAGCCCUCUAAAACACAUUUGGAAAUCCUUUUCUUUAGAGCCUCUUUAUUUUCAUUUAAAUAUGCUAUAGAAUUUAUAUUAAGAGAUUAAAAAUGCCUUUUGAAUAAAUGCCCUAUUAUUUAAUGGAAUUAAAUGUUGAUUCUGAAUGACUACUGUAUAACCUUCGGUCUCUGAUGAAUUUCAUAUUAAGAGAGAAUACUCAUGGUGCCACUCCUGUAAUUUUUUUCCCAUUCUUUAGGAAAAUAUCACAAUGUAUUGUUUUGUUCAUUUAACAGUCAAUAUUUACCAAUAUUACAAUGACUCAAUGAAUAUUACUGUUUUGUUUUGUUGAAGAAUUUGCUUUCAGAUACUAUUAGCUGAAUGCAAAUGUAAUGGAAUGUUAACAAGAGACUGGAAGCAAGUUCUGUCAGGACCACUAUCGUUAAAGCUGGGGCCUCAUUUAUAAAAUGUUGCGCAGAAACCGUCCUAAAUUUGAUCCUGCGAUCAUUUCUCCGAUGUGCGUACAUGUGAUUCAUAGAAUGAACGUACACAGAAAACGAGCGUACGCCUCUCUUUCAGAUGUGAAAUCUAUAAAUCGCAAAUGAUCUUGAACUUGCGCGCAACUGAAUGGUUUCAGUUCUCCGCGUUUUAAACGACACUACAUUAAUGUCAUUUACAUAUAAAAGAUCACCAGUCAUUGUCCAAAUCCUUGGGGAACUGCAAGUGUGUACGUCUGCUCAGGCCCUGACGUGGAUCUAAGCACUUUUCCACGUCAAAGACCGUUUUUAUAAAUAUGAGCAUUGGCGUGGAUUUAAGCGUACGCCCACUCUAAGAUCAAAUCUGUGCAUACGCACUCUUUAUAAAUGAGGCCCUUGGUUCUUUUCUCGGCAAAAACUCCCUGCUUAUCCAUGUAGCCUACCAUGAAUAAGAGCAGGGAGGACAGCGAUAGCCCCCCUAAUGUAAACAACAGAAACAACAUAAAUGUAUUGCAGAUAUCAUUAAUGUUCAAUAAUUUAAUGUACAACAUAAUUUGAUAAAUUCAAAGGGGAAUCAGAAAGCCAAAUCCUGACUGGAUGAGAGGAGGCGCUAGGGAUGGAGGAGGGUAAUUAGCUCCUGAGCAAUGCGAUAGCUGCUGAUAUUACUGAUGGACCUUAUAUAUGAAUGCUGUGAUAGGCGUCAUAUUCCUAUAGGUAGUUGUGGAUCAAAUGAGAGUCAGCUGAUGCGAGCUUGACUGACGUCACCUGCCAAAACUAACACUACACUUGAUUUAUUUUUAACUUAAAGUUGAAUUUUUUAGUAAGAACUUUGUGUUGAAGUUGAUCAGAUUUGUUUACAAUAAAUUCAGUGUAGUUGAGUGCACAAUAGUCAAACUGCCAAAAGUUACUUGGCAGAGCAGCUUUACUGGGGGAAAACAUGAUCAAGGUAGAGACUAAAGGUUUGGUUGUGAGCUGACUGCUGGGGCUGUAGGCAGAUAAAUGGUGUUUUGAAUUUGAAAGCUUUUUAGGUGAAUGAGUUUGAGUGGCCUGUGAUUGGUGGUUCACGAUUUGAUGUAAUGUACUCAAUGUAAUGUGCUAGAUUUGAACUAUCUAUUGAAUUUUUUAUUUUUGCCUAAUAAGAGUCAUGCUAAGCUUCACAAGUAAAUGCAGAGAAUUGUUGAAUUUAUGAUUUCUGUUUAUAAGCUUAUGUGGUGCAUUAUUAAAAUGGAAAUUGGGUAUUGAUAUUGCCCAUAGUGAACCUAAGGAAAUUUAAAAUUCACAACUUUUUUUGUGUGUUUGAACAAUCUUUUGUAUAUCUUUUUUACUUUCACAUUUGUAUGUCCUUUUACAGCCAUACGAAUCUUUAUGGAUAUAUUGUUUUAAGUCAUAUGAGAGUUCUCAAUACCCUUUUCAAUGUUCAAGUAUUUCUGGGCAGUUUCCACAAGUCCACAACAGAUCUGAGAUACAACAAGAAAAAAAAGUUAAUCUGUAGCCUUUUCCUGUCUCUGUUCUUUUACAAGGAUCAAUGAUAUUCAGUGAUGCAAACUCUCCUUUUUAAAAAAGCAUACAGAAUUGUAUCUAUUAUCAAUUUUUAAUUUAAUAAAGUAAUUCUCCUAGUUGUGUA